UUUCCAGACAAUGUCACUCAUGUUAGUACUCGAGUAGCAGGAACAGUGGGAUACCUAGCUCCUGAGUAUGCUUCGUUAGGACAACUUACAAAGAAGGCAGAUGUUUAUAGCUUUGGGGUGCUGUUACUGGAAAUUAUAAGUGGCAGAAGUUGUAGUAAAGCUGCAUUUGGAGAGCAUCUGUUGGUUCUGGUGGAAUGGACAUGGAGGCUGAGAGAAGAGGAAAGGCUUCUUGAUAUUGUGGAUCCAGAUCUGACUGAAUAUCCAGAGGAUGAGGUAAUGCGCUUCAUUAAGAUUGCACUCUUUUGCACCCAAGCAGCUUCUCACCAAAGGCCUGCCAUGAAGCUAGUGCUGGCGAUGCUUUCCAAAGCAGUUCAUCUCAAUGAGAAGUUAUUAACAGAGCCAGGGGUGUAUAGGCCUUAUUAUCCUCAGCAAUCGGGUGGUAGUAGUAGUUUGCAGGAGACGUCAUCCUCCCAGGCAAGAAAAGGCAAGCAAUCGGUAAAUCCUUUUGUAACUUCAACUCAGUCAGAUAGUUCCCAGAGUAUGACACAGAUGCUUCCUAGAUGAUGCAUUUAUUUUUGUUGCGUAAUUUCCAUUACUUUCUCUGAAAUGUCCACUUUGGAGGUCUAAAUUACCUCUCUUUCCCCAUUUUUCUUUCUAGAAGCAUGUAAAACGACCUGUAUUUUCUUUUCUUCUUUUCCAAUCCUAAAUUGCUAUUCGGC